GUCGAUUAACAGGCACAGUGCCAUAUAAGCGUUAGCAAGUUGACCACUGUUUCCUGGACACGCAAGUUGGACAGACUGCAUUAUCAAGGAGCGAAAGGUACAGUUAUGACAGACAACGUCCACACUGAAUUAGUAACUAAUGCAUACUAGCUGGUCUCUGUGAUACUAGCUACUCUCAGGUUGAUAUAAGUUCUAUGUUCACUGUGUUUAGUGUAGCUGUCGGCUAGAAAUAGCUAUUAUCUGUUUCAACAACAUGACAGUCAGCUGAUGUUGGCGCUUAGCCAAUUCAAUGGGACAACGUUCUAUGGGUUGUGGCAUUGUAGACUAAAUAAUCCACCUCUCUGCCAUGUCAAUAAUGUCCUCCAUUCUGUAACGUUGUAUUGAAUGUAUUAGUACUGUCUGCCCCUUCUGAAGAAGCCCCAUGUUGAUGACGCACCUGUCAACCUGUCAGUGUCAUCAGGGUUCUUUAAGCAUGUUAUCUGUCUCCUCCAGGAUGGUGGGGGUGGUGUUUCUCCACCCAGACCUGGGUAUAGGUGGUGCAGAGAGGCUGGUGGUGGAUGCAGCUGUAGCUCUACGCUCUCGCGGCUGCAGUGUUCAGAUCUGGACGGCCCACCAUGACCCCACACACUGCUUCUCAGAGACACUGGACCCAGACCUGAACGUGGUGGGUGUCUGUAACAGUGUAAUCUAAUAACAGUGUUAUAACACAAACACUGCAUUCCUAUCUGACCCUGUUUGUCAUCUCCAGGUUUGUGUGGGUGACUGGUUGCCCACCAGUGUGUUUGGGUACCUUCAUGCCCUGUGUGCCUACCUCAGGAUGAUCUACGUAGCUCUCUACCUGGUCUUCCUCAGUGGAGUAGAGUACGACGUGGUCUUCUGUGAUCAGGUUGGUGACACACCAUCUAUUUUGUUUCUCUAUUCUUUUCCUUUCACUUCAGCAUAACUCAGUCCAUUACCUUUUGAUUUUGACUCUCACCUUCAGACUACUCUUUUUUGCCUUCACUUUUUCUGUAGUUGUGAUUCUAGUAGAUAUAACUCUAUUCUCUCUCCUCCUACAGGUGUCGGUGUGUAUCCCGGUCCUGAGGUUGUCUCGUCAGAGGAAAAAGGUUCUGUUCUACUGUCAUUUCCCAGACCAGCUCCUGACCCAGAGAGGCUCAGCUCUGAAAAAGCUCUACCGUGCCCCCAUAGACAGACUGGAGGAACUCACCACUGGCAUGGCUGAUAUGGUGAGAGGAUAGAACCAGAGAAAGCAGGAUUAGAUCUUAAGAGUCCAAAAUACCAACAGUUUCAUUCAUUUCAUUGGGCGCUAGUUUUGAUUUUCUCAAUCGAUCUCCCUCCUCUGCCCUUGUUGAUGAGAUAUCACUGACUGAUCCUUCUUGUUUCUUGUCCCAGGUUCUGGUGAACAGUUGUUUCACCGCAGGGGUCUUCAGGGAGACCUUCCGUACCCUGGAUGGGGUCCAGACUGACGUCCUCUACCCCUCCCUCAACACACACAGCUUUGACCAGCCCCCUAAGGAGCAGAUGGAGCAGGGUCUGGGGGGCUUGGUCCCUGAGGGCGUGUCCUGCCUUUUCCUGUCCCUGAACCGCUAUGAGAGGAAGAAGAGCCUGGGUCUGGCCCUGGAGAGCCUCUCUUCCCUGAGGGCCCACCUCGCCCCGGGGGACCAGGCAGGACUCCACCUGGUGGUGGCAGGGGGGUAUGACAGCCGCGUCGCUGAGAACGUCCAGCACUACGCUGAGCUGAAGGAGCUAGCGGCACGGCUGGGAGUAGAGGACUCUGUCACCUUCCUGCGCUCUCCUUCAGACAGCCAGAAGGUGGCGCUGUUGCGGGGCAGCGCAGGGCGUUCUCUACACGCCCAGCAGAGAGCACUUUGGGAUAGUGCCAGUGGAGGCCAUGUACUGCUGCUGUCCCGUCAUUGCUGUGAGGUCUGGAGGGCCUCUGGAGAGUGUAGGUGACGGGGAAGACGGGCUUCCUGUGUGAGCCCACGGCCGAGGCCUUCUCCCUGGCCAUGGAGAAGCUGUUCAGAGACCCCCAGCUCCGCAGAGACAUGGGCCAGGCUGGCAGGAGGCGGGUUCAGGAGAAGUUCUCCCUGGAGGCCUUCUCAGACCAGCUGCACGGGUACAUCCUCAGGCUGACCCAGUGACACCUCUGCUGAGGCAGAGACCGAGGGAUGGGCUGGGGUUGUAGCGUGUUGGGCUAGGGGUGGAGUGUGGUAGCGGAGCAGCUUUCUGUAGAAGUCGCCCAUAAACACAUCUAGGAUCAGUUUACCUUCUCUCAAUCCUAGCUUAAAUCCGAACCAAAGAAUGGGAAACUGACCAGAGAUCAGCAUCUCAUUGGUGCAACUUCAUCCUACUGCAGCUCGAGCCAGGCAGAGGUGGAUGGGCUAGGUAUGUAGGGAUAAAAUAGGUUACUGGAGGACAGAGACGGGGGAGGGGGGGUAAUGUAGAGGUGCGAGGACUCUAGACAAUUAGUCAUUGUUCCCCCAGGAGAGGUUGCUGAGGGAAUGGAGGGAUGGAAUCUCGGCUCCAAUUAACGAAAGAGUAACGAGUUUACCCAUACUGCCCCGGGGCUUGUCGGAACAAUACCAGCACCGGCCCUCAGUUCCAGAAGUGUGUGUGUGUGUGUGGGGUGACCAAGGGCUUAAUGAACAAGAGCUACACAACCACUAGGAUGGAUCUGUAGUGUUAUACUCAUGCUACUAUGUGUGUUUGCGCAUGCCACCGAGCGCCAUUAGCCAGUUGGCAGCCACAGAUCGAUAAGCAGGAUGUUUGCCACUACCUCUGUCCUCUCAGACCUUAGUUACUUUUCACAAUGAGGGAAUGUUUGGCCUGUACAUUGCUGUUGCUGUCUGUCUCUGGGUUAUUAGGAGAUGUUGCUGUGUGUUGGUUAUUAGGAGAUGUUGCUGUGUGUUGGUUAUUAGGAGUGUGUGUGCUGUAUAGAAGGUCAUGCUGUCUGCUGGUCAGUCUGUUGUUACUGGCCUCUAGAAGAGCUCUUAUUGACAUUCCUCAAGUCUCAAUAAAACAGUCAGAGGACACAUAGCUAGUUUACCAACUCUUCUUGUUUUGUUGUCAAGUUCUUUCUUUUUCUCUUUUGUCCCAGACUGUUGUGUAUCAGGCCAGGUAUCCAACACACUCCAAAUCCAACUGUCAUCUACCCACUGCAAAUGCAAUGCCACAGAGAGGGGUGUGUUUGUGAACGCGAGUGUGUGUGUUCAGUCAAUGUUUCAGUGAGCAGAGGAAUUAGCAGGAGAUGAGGAGGGCUGUUACCACGGUGAUUUAGAGACCCUGCUAGGAGGGGCGGACAAGAGGCCAUAUGGAACCCACCAGGGAGAGAAACCACACUGGACCCAUGGAUCCCCUGAACCACAGGAGAGACACACCCUGGAACCCCAGGGAGAGAACCACCACUGGAACCACCAGGGAAGAAACACACUGAACAGGAGAACCACACACUGGACCACCAGGAGAACACACACACUGGACCACGGGAGAUGAACACACACUGGAACCACAGGGAGAGAACACACACACUGGAACCACCAGGGAGAGAACACAUACACUGGAGCCACGGGGAGAGAACCACACUGAGCACCAGGAGAAAAACACUGGGCCACGGGAGAACACACACUGGAGCCACCAGGGAGAGAACACACACACUGGAGCCACCAGGGAGAGAACACACACACUGGAGCCACCAGGGAGAGAACACACACUGGAGCCACCAGGGAGAUAACACACACUGGAACCACCAGGGAGAGAACACACACACUGGAGCCACCAGGGAGAGAACACACACUGGAGCCACCAGGGAGAGAACACACACUGGAGCCACCAGGGAGAGAACACACACACUGGAGCCACGGGGAGAGAACACACACACUGGAGCCACCAGGGAGAGAACACACACUGGAGCCACCAGGGAGAGAACACACACACUGGAGCCACCAGGGAGAGAACACACACACUGGAGCCACCAGGGAGAGAACACACACACUGGAGCCACCAGGGAGAGAACACACACACUGGAACCACCAGGGAGAGAACACACACACUGGAGCACCAGGGAGAGAACACACACACUGGAGCCACAGGGAGAGAACACCACACUGGAACCACCAGGGAGAGAACACACACUGGAGCCACGGGGAGAGAACACACACACUGGAGCCACGGGGAGAGGAGAGGGUGGGAUGAGGGGGUGGGAGACGAAGUGUGGUGAACGGAUCCUCCAUCCUCCACCUGGGCUAUCAGCAGCUCAUAAACACAGUGAUUUAAAGCAGGAUACUGUCUGUCUCUCUGUCUGACUGUCUGUCUGUCUGACUUUGUCUGUGUCUGCCCCUCAAAGCCGUCAAGUCAGUCAGUCCCUCCUCCUCCCUUCCCACCUCCCUCCCUCCUCCUCUGAGCCCUGUGGUGGGGUAGUGUAAUUCUGUUAUUGAGACACGGUGUGUCCUGAGCUCCAGUGAUAACCACAGCCCAGGAGCUACCUGCACCCAGGCUUAAUUAAUUAAUGAGACCGCAGGGUUGGUUUUAAAUAGGCUCUAAUUCCACACACACAGACACCAGGAGAGAUCGGGGCGGAGGUUGAAAGAUGUAUAGGUGUCUGUGUGCGUAUGUGUGCUGGGUUUUUAUAGAUGCAUAUGUGUGGCUGUGACUGUGUGGUGGGGGGAGGGGGAAGCAGAGGUGAGAUGUAUAGGUGUGUGUGUGUGUUUAUUUGUGUAAAUCUGUUUUGUUGGCAGUUUGAGAGCAUGUACCCUCGUUAUUAUAACAUUAAAGAUGAACUCUGUAUUUUUAACCCCGCUCUCUGAUUGGAUGUUAAUCAUGCGUUCUGAUUGGGUGUUAAUCAUGUGUUCUGAUUGGGUGUUAAUCAUGGGCUAAAUGGAGAUGAUGAGCGAAUCACAAACAAGUUCAUUACUACAAGCCUUCACCUGGUCACAGACCGCUGGGCUAGAGCCCCGAGAGAACACAUACACCUAUACAUCUCGCCACCAUCUCACCUCCAACCCAGAGUGGAGAGAAGUAACAAGGAUUGCUCCAACUCAGAGAGGGAAUGUGCACUUAUGAAAAGUCAACUAAGUUUGUCUAUUGUCUAGGACAGUGGUUCCCAACCAGGGGUACUAGGACCCCUGGGGGUAUUUGGCCUAUCCACAGGGGGUACUUGAGAAGACUCAUGAGACCAUAUGCUUACUGGUAAAAUGCACAUUAGGGGGUACUUCAGGGGUACUCCAGGCAGAGCAACAUUCAGUUGGUGGUACAGUAACCUAAAGAGGUUGGGAACCACUGGUCUAGGAUGUAGGUAGUUCUGGUAAUUCUGUCCUCCAAAUGUCCCUUGAUGGGAUGAGUAAUGUCAUCUUCAGUGUAAAGGGUUAAUGCAGAGAAGAGAACACACUGUAGGCCUAUAGUGUGGCAAUGAUAGAUUGUUUAAUCAAAGCAAAUCUGCAUUGAUAUUCAUGGGACAUCUUUUAGCACUGUUUUACAUGGAACACGUUAACAAAUUAUGGAUUUCAGAUUUUACUGCUUCUAUAAAGUAUUGAAAUAUAUUAGCAUAUACUGUACCUCGUAACUGUUAACUCUGCAGAGCCUUCGGAGUGAUAGAUACACACACACACAUGCAUAUGCACCUGCAUGCACACACACAAGCACACACACACACAAACUUUGUGUAAAAGUGAUUUAGUCCAGUGACAUAAAAUAACCAUCUCUGGGAGGUUUUAAUAAAGCUAUCAACAAUGUCUGAUAGUGGCGUGUUAUAGAUAGCCUCAAUAAAACUCUAUGUUUAUGGCUCUGCAAGGAGAGACAUUUAUAGGACUAAUUCUACCCAGUCUACAGCAGGCUACAGGGACUGCUGCUGAAAGAGGGCUUAGACUUCGAGAGACAGUGAGACACAGAUCUAAUACUGUAUUGUAGAAUAGGAGUUGUCAUCUUUACUGUGAAUAGAACUGGUCAUAUUUAUCUAGUCUUGAAUCUUGACGUGUUCUGGGUGUCAUACUGGUGGUCUCCACUCACAGGCUGUCUCCCAGAGUGGGCUUGGUUUGAGGCUGAUUGGGGGAGCAGUGGGCCCAGCCUGGUACAGAGGAACCAUCAGCACGCCAACCGUGAUGCCAGCAUGCCCUCGUCUCAGCUGGAGAGAACAACCUCACCUGAUUACACACACUGGGGUGAACGUCAAUCACUGUGUGUGUGUGUGUGUAGCACAAAGAUGCUUGUCUUCCUGUGUGUGUGUGUGUAUUUGUACACAUGUGUGUGUUUGCUGCAGAAAGACAAUGCCCGUCUUCUAGUCUGGUUUGUCAAUGUGUUGAAGUCUCUGCGUUGAGGUCUGUGUGUGCGUGUGUUUUCCAGUAGACAAUGUCCCCUCCUCAACAUGAGGGUGUGUGUGUGCCCGGUGAUGGCCUGUUAG